AUGCAUACAGCCAGUCCGAAAAACAGUGAAGACAGCCGGCAGAUUGCCCGUGGUGACAUGUUUGAUGUGUGUGAGGAGGAUCUGACCACUUCAAUGUCAGAAGAAUCAAAUGUGACAGCCAUUAGCGCUAUGCCCCUUACCACCACAAGUUCCCCUCCUACAUCUCCUACAGCUCCACCUGAUCCAGACGCCGUCACCUGUAGCGGCCGCAUAUUUGACGCCUUCAUGCAGCUGAAGAAUAGUUCAAUCUAUGCGUUCAGAGGCGACUAUUUCUUUGAGCUAGAUGACAGAUCUCUCAUGCCUGGCUAUCCCAAACUCAUUAAGGAUGUGUGGGGCAUCUCCGGUCCCAUUGAUGCUGCUUUCACUCGCAUCAACUGCCAGGGAAAAACAUAUAUAUUCAAGGGUAACAAGUACUGGCGUUUUGAUGGUGAUGUCUUGGAUGAAGAUUAUCCUAGAGACAUAUCGGUGGGCUUUGAGAAGAUUCCAGAUAAUAUUGACGCCGCAUUUGCAAUCCCGGCUCCAGGACAUCAUGGGAAAGAAAAAGUUAUUUUGUUUAAAGGAGACCAGUACUACCAAUAUGAGUUCAAACUCCAGCCUUCCCAUGAAGAAUGUGACCGCAUGACCAAAUCCUCACCCUCUGUUGCCUUCACACGUUAUACAAACAUGUACUGUGACUUGGAUAAUAUGUUUUCUUUGCUCUUUCAAGGCAUUCAGGGGCAUCACAAAGGGCCACGAUACAUUUCCAAAGACUGGAUUGGCAUCAAACGUCCCAUAGAUGCAGCAAUGGUUGGCCGACUGUAUGUAAGCCCUGGUCCUUCACCAUCUCCAGCCACCAGCCUGAAAAGAGGCCGACCCGGAUGGAGAAAGAAGACCAGGGGUCAAGGAGACAGAGUGAGCCAUUCACUGUUCUGGGAAGACUUUGUAAUGGACUUUGAGGAAAGGUAUUUUGGAACAGAGAAGCAUGAAAAAUACUACAGGGUGGACCUGCAGACCAAACGGAUUGACUACGUAAAUCCUCCUUACCCAAGAUCCAUUGGCAAAUAUUGGUUGGGAUGGAAAGAAAAGGAUAUGUCAGAAAAGAGAUAAGAAACAAGGUUUUCAUAUUUGAGUUAAAAAUAAUGAUUUGGAUGUUAUUGCUAAAUUUGAUGUCAUUUAUGAUGAUUGAUCAUUACUAUCAAUAUUAUAGUUCUCUAAGUAUUCCUGAUGUGUUGCAUUACAGUAAUAUCUGAUGAUA